AAUUCCGUAAUGUUUGCGCCACAUGAAAAGGCUGUUUCACCAAUUCAUCUCGCCGCCAAACCCUCGUCCUCCUCAACAACACUUAAUAAUUGAUAUUCGUAAUCUCCAUGGAAUCGAUGAGCAAUAUCAGCUCUUUUUCUCCGAGAACAUUCCCGAUCUGGACAACCAAAUCUACGUCUAUGGCUUUCCGAACUCGGGCUUCAAUCGCUAACUCUUUUGAGAGCAACUUCGCCAAUCGAGUGGAAAAAGCCUGGUUAAUCUCUCAGCAACCAAGGCCCGUUUCUUGUUCUUCUUGCGAUUCAAAUGGAAAGGUUGAAUGCAAAUGGUGUAAUGGAACAGGUUUCUUUAUUCUGGGUGAUAACAUGCUAUGUGAAGUUCCUUCCAGAAACACCACCUGUGUAAUAUGUGCAGGAAAGGGAUCAACAAGUUGCUGUGAUUGCAAGGGCACAGGCUUCCGAGCAAAGUGGCUUGGAGAUCCCCAAAAUCAUCCCUAAGAAAAAUGUAUACUCUUUUCAAACCAUGUAUCUUCUUCUUCUUUCUUCCAUCUUUUUCAUUGUUAUUUAAUCUAUAUAUGAUUUUCUAUUGGUAGUA